AUGAAAGGCAAUGAGGAAAUUAAGAAAAUCAUCAAACAAGCAUGGGAAGAGAAUCCUAGAGAUACUGUGGAACAGUGCAUAACGAAGUGCAGAAAGGGGAUUUCCAAAUGGAAUAGAGAGCAUCAUGUCAAUUCUAAGAAGAAUAUAGAAGAGCUAAAGCUACAACUCGAGCAAGCCAUGUCUGAUAGAACCAUAAACGAAGUCAACCUCCAAAACCUAAAUGCAGAACUGAAUGCAUCCUACAAAGCGGAAGAGGCGUACUGGAAACAGAGAAGCAGGCAGUUAUGGUUAACUCUGGGAGAUAAGAAUACAUGA